AUGAAGCUUAGUAAAAGAUUAAGUGGCUUGUCUCAUUUGAGUUCGGCAUUGGUUGAAUCUUCUCUUCCGGCUAAUAUUUCUUAUUUCUGGAAUUUUGGUUCUAUUUUAGGUAUUUGCUUAGUUAUUCAGAUAGCAUCAGGGGUUGUAUUGGCUAUGCAUUAUACUCCUCAUGUAGAUCUGGCUUUUAUUAGUGUUGAGCAUAUUAUGAGGGAUGUUAAUUUAGGUUGGUUAAUUAGAUACUCUCAUGCUAAUGGUGCAUCAUUCUUUUUUAUGUUUGUUUAUGUUCAUAUAGCUCGUGGAUUAUAUUUUGGUUCUUAUACUAAACCAAGAGUGUUUGUUUGGUCUAUUGGAGUUAUAAUCUUCCUAAUAAUGAUGGGUACAGCCUUUUUAGGAUAUGUAUUACCUUGGGGACAAAUGAGUUUCUGGGCUGCUACAGUUAUAACAAACAUGUUAUCAGCUAUCCCUUGGAUAGGACAAGAUUUUGUUCAAUUUGUAUGGGGAGGAUUCUCUGUAGAUAAUGCUACAUUAAAUAGAUUUUUUAGUCUUCAUUAUUUACUUCCUUUCUUAUUAGCUGGACUUGUUAUAAUGCACAUAUUAGCACUUCAUAAGCAUGGAUCUAAUAACCCUAUGGGAUUUGAAUCCCAUAUGGAUAAAACUAGAUUACAUGACUUAUUCACUGUAAAAGAUAUACAUGGAUUUAUAUUAUUUUUCUUAUUAUUUUCAUUCUUCGUAUUCUUCUAUCCUAAUGUAAUGGGACACCCUGAUAACUAUAUCCCAGCAAACCCAUUAGUAACUCCUGCUCAUAUAGUUCCAGAAUGGUAUUUCUUACCAUUUUAUGCUAUAUUACGUUCUAUACCAAGUAAACUAGGAGGAGUAAUAGCUAUGAUAGGGGCUAUAUUAAUACUAUUAGCAUUACCUUUCUUACAUACUGCAUGGGUAAGAUCUGCUACAUUUAGACCAAUACAUAAAUUUUUAUUCUGGAUAUUUGUAGGUAACUUCUUAAUCCUAGGAUACUUAGGUGGAGCUCCAAUGGAAGCACCAUAUACUAUAGUCGGAGUAUACUCGACUGUGUUCUACUUUAGCUAUUUCUUAAUCAUAAACCCAUUAGUAGGUAUAUUUGAAAAUGUUAUGAUAUUGCUGUUUUCUUUUAGAAAAAGAAUUAAAUGUUAA